AUGGCACCUACUCCCAUCACACCACAACGUAAAGCAGAAACGACUUCACGCGGCUAUGAACUAGGCGAGCGCAGUGAACAGGUCAUUGCCAAGGGAGGAGAACACCCCUACAAGAGACCCCACUUCAAAAACAAACAGGAUGAGCGGGAAUGGGCUAAGCAACACAUGGCAGGUGCAUUUCGAGUAUUCGCAAGAAAAGGAUACACAGAGGGAACAGCAGGCCACAUUUCCAUUCGUGAUCCCGUGGACCCACAGACAUUUUGGAUCAAUCCCCUCGGUAAACAUUUCGCCCUCAUUAAAGCCUCCGACUUGGUUCAUGUUGACGAAGAGGGGAAUGUCUUGGCCGAUGGUAACCAGUGCGCGGUGAAUGCCGCGGGGUUCAUGAUCCAUAGUGCUUUGCAUAAACGUCGCCCCGAUGUGAAUGCCGCGUGCCACGCUCACUCGACCUACGGCAAAGCUUGGAGCUGCAUGCCACGGGGCAAGUUGCUAUCGAUGAUUAACCAAGACGUGUGCACUUUUUACAAGAGCCAUUCUGUCUAUGAAGAUUUCGGCGGGGUUGCCUUGGAAGCUGAAGAAGGGACAAAAAUUGCCGAAUCGUUGGGUCCUCAGGGUAAAGGCUGCAUAUUGACGAACCACGGGUUAUUGACUGUGGGACACACGGUUGACGAAGCUGCCUAUUUGUUUACCUUGUUGGAAAAGAGCUGCCAGGUCCAAAUUGCUGCCCAGUCGGCACUAUUGCCCGGUGAACAACUACGUGAAAUUGGCGACGAGGAAGCGGCGUAUUGCGAGCACCACGACGGAAGCCACGAGAUGUUGUACACGGAGUUCCAGCCUGACUUGGAGUUUGAGAUGGCCAUGAAUGCUGAUUUCAUGAACUAG